CGAACGCCUCCGGAUUCGAACUCGGAGACCGCAUGAGCGGCACGAGCCUCCCAUUCACAAACAUUUGCCAGCCAGGACAAGGAAUACAGAAACAUGCCCAUUUUAGAAAAGAACCAGAAAAGUAUGGGUACACCAGAAAAGAAGGCAGGCAAGAAAAAGAAGGCAGGAAAGAAGACAGCAGCAAAGAAAGAAGAGAAGAAAGAAGAGGUGGCAGUAGAAGCUACACCUACAAAAGAGGAAACGGCAGAAGCCCAGAAUGAAACUAAGGCUGAAGGUCAGAAACGCAAGAUUAAUGAAGAAUCAUCGGAGGAGCCAAAGCGAAAGAGGGGGAGGAUAAGGCUAAAGCAAGAAGGGGUGAAACUUGAAGGAGAUCUGCUUGCAAUGCACCUGAAGCGAGAGGAAGAAGGCUGCGCACGAACCCUCCUCAUCAGCACGAACCCCCCAGCCAUCGCAGGAGCUUUAACAGUCAAAAUCAGGCAGUUUGGCCUUUUCGUUGCUGAAUUCAGGACAAAGGCUGAAGCACUGAAGAAGAAGAAGGAAUUGGAGGCACAGGAGGGAACCAAGAUGAUACAACACCCAGAGGUCAAGCAAGGAGACAGAAUUGUGAAUCCUAGGAAAUUAUACAUUGACCAUGUGCCAGAAGAGGUCACGGAAGAGGAUUUGAAAAAGGCUUUCCCUACAGCUAUAGUAGUCAACCUGAAUUCUGAAAGACAUUAUGCCAACCCCGUCUUCGAGACAAAAGAGGAAGCUGAGAAAGUCUUCAGGGAGAAGGAAAACUUCAAACUCAAGGGGCUUAAGUGUCUCGUCCUCUAUAGCAAUAAGGGCUAGGAACUGUGCAAAAUCUCGGUGGGAAAUGGAUGAACUUCAGCAAACUGGGAGAUUUGUGUAAUUAUAUAAUUGGCUGGAAGAGUUUAUAAGAAUUAUGGAUAUUUUGAUAAGAAUUAUGGAUGUUCUUAGUUUUGUUAUGGUUUGGUGUAUGUAGAUUAUUAGAUAUAGGCCAAAGAGUGAAAGAUUUGCUUAUGUUCAUUCAUAAAAUAAAUAAUAGAAAUUUG